GGAGGCUCGACGCCGCAAGCCUCCACCGCCGCCGAUGGGUGCUGGAGACCCCGACGAGCCUAUUUGGCCACCGAAAAGCCCCCAUUGGAGGCGCUUCAGGGAAUUAAGUGCUACGAAGUCCAGCCCUGCUAAUCCUUUGCUCAACUCUGAUGAGAAUUCAUUAUCUCUUUCACCAUCAAACAAGAGCAAGGAGAUGUUAUAUGACAAGGAGUGUGAAACUUUUGCCAUCACCUCCAACAGGGAACUAAGUGCUACGAAGUCCAGCCCCGCUAAUCCUGUGCUCAACCCUGAUGAGAAUUCAUUAUCUCUUCCACCAUCAAACAAGAGCAAGGAGAUGUUAUAUGACAAGGCCGUGGACCAAGGGGAUGACACUGCAUCAUCUCAAAUUGUUCCUUAUGAGAAUGGCCAUGAAGAAAAGCCUCUGCCUGUUCCGUCUAAAAAAAUAAAACCCUCUAUUGAUACAUAUGCUGUGCAAUGUGGCAACUGCUGGAAAUGGAGACUUAUUCCUACCAAAAAAAAAUAUGAUGAAAUUCGGGAGAAAUGUAGUCAGGUUCGUUUUCUUUGCAAACAUGCCCAUGAGUGGAAGCCUGGAGUCUCAUGUGAUGAUCCGGCAGAUAUAUCUCAAGAUGAUGGGUUCUGGGUGAUUGAUAGACCAUGCAUCGCUCAGACCCCUCUUGGGUGGGAAAGGAAAAUAUCUAUAAGAAGAGAAGGGGGCAGCAGAUUCGCUGACGUGUACUAUUUUCCUCCUAAAGGCCCAGGAUUAAGAUCAUUCAAGAACUUGAAAAGUUAUCUUCAAGACAGCCCAGAUUGUACUAUCGAUUUACAAAAAUCUGAGAAUUGGUUCAAGGUACCUGAAUGUCUCCAGGGCUACCUGAAAAGGUGCCGCGGUCAGUCAAAGCCUCUUGAACCAAACGAAGUGCUACCUCAAUCUUCUGCGCCUCCAAUUCAUGAGGAUCUCGCGCCCAACUGUGUGCUGGCCCUGUAUGACGAAGGCCAAUACUGUAUGUGACAUGCCAGCCAGUGCAGAGUGUCAGGCCGCUCUCCAGUGCGAUAGCAUGUUCCUGUAUGUGAUAUACCUUAGCUUGCUCCCCUAGUUUACACCAUAGCUGCCUCCUGCUUAGAUGGAAUUGAGAAAGUUUUUGGGAGAUUGACAUCUCAACAGACUGAUGUCGCGGAAAGUUAAUAAAAGUUCAAAACUGCCACCUUGGUUAUACCUCA